UGAAAAUGAAACUUGUUAUUAUUACUUUUUCUUUUUGAAUACGCCUACUAAGACCAUUAUUUGCCUGUGCAAUGACCUACUCGUACUCGUGGACCCCCCAAAAAUAACCUCGUUGGCUUGGCUUGACUAGCGAACUUGGCGCCAAACGUUUUUUUGACACGCCGCGAAUCCAGAACAGCAAACGAGGCUUAGCCCAAUAUGGGGCCCCCGCUAGUGGGAAAAUCCGCCUGAGCCGUACGUACACCACCACCCUGGCCCUUGGACGAAUUCCCUCGCAAAGGCCCCUUAACUAGCAAAUCUCCUUCUUCAUCGUCUUUCGACGCACCAUGCCAUCGGUCCGAUCGCUCCUUUCUUGAGCGUAACAUCACAAGGAAUUAUUAUAAAACAAGCAGCCGUGCGGACAGCAUAAUUUCCGCUGAAGCAAAGAUGGACGCCGCAUCCGCGACACCAGAUGCGUCAUGGGCUGCCAUUGCAACGAGCGAUCUCCUUAUUGAAUUGAAACGACGAGCCGAAAAUGGUGAUAGACCAACCUGUGGUGGCAAGGGCCAGGGAUGGUACGAUAUGGCUGCGCACGUCUGUGCCCUGCUGCUGAUUCUCGUACUGAGCACGCUAGCUUGCGGAUUCCCUCUCCUCGGCCGACGCGCAACCUCUGGCCGCCAGCAAAGCCAACUCAUUUUUUACUGUCAGCACAUUGGAACGGGUGUGCUACUCGCUACAGCAUUUGUGCAUCUGCUUCCGACUGCCUUUGAAUCUCUUACCGACCCGUGUCUGCCAUACUUCUUCAGCAAGGGAUACAAGCCGCUGCCCGGCCUGAUCGGCCUCGUGUCUGCGAUUGUAGUUGUCGGCGUCGAGUCGUACCUAACGGCCCGCGGUGCCGGCCACUCUCACUCACAUAGCCAUGCUACUUGGGACGAGGCCGAUGCUAAUGGCGCCUCGCACGAAAUGGACGGCUUCGAGCACCGCCGCAACGGCAGCGCCAGCGGAGGCGCGGUCCGCUUCGAAGACGAUGCUUCCGAGGGCCUUGUUGCCGGCGAAGCGCCCAUGCCCGAGUCCACGCCGGUGGCUGCCAAGCGUCAGCGCAAGUCGGAAGACCACGACGACGAAUUCCACGAUGGCGACUCGGAUCUCGACCUCGAUCUUGCAGAACUCGACCCCGCCCCUCUCGCAGAUAGAAGCAAUGGCCAAUACGCGUCACUCAAGCACAAUGGCGGCGCUGCUGGCAAGACGCGUCCCCGAGCGGCGUCAGAUGCCUACGAACUUACACCCGAGCAGCAGCAGCGCCAGCUUCUGCAGUGCUUGCUUCUCGAGGCCGGCAUUCUCUUCCAUAGCGUCUUUAUCGGCAUGGCCCUGUCUGUGGCGACGGGCCCCAUGUUUCUUAUCUUCUUAAUCGCCGUCAGCUUCCACCAGUCAUUUGAGGGCAUGGCGCUGGGCAGCCGCAUUGCUGCGAUCCAGUUCCCGCGCAACUCGCUGCGCCCAUGGCUCAUGGUGCUUGCGUACGGUGUGACGACGCCAAUCGGCCAGGCGAUUGGCCUUGUGGUUCAUAAGAUAUACGACCCGGCAUCCAUGGGCGGCCUCAUUGUAGUGGGUAUCAUGAAUGCCAUCUCGGCAGGUCUGCUUCUCUAUGCAGGCUUGGUGCAGCUCCUUGCUGAAGACUUCUUGUCCGAGAAGAGCUACCGCACCCUCAAGGGCAAGAAGCGCUUCCAUGCGUACCUAUGUGUCGUGGCCGGCGCUGUCUUGAUGGCUCUCGUGGGAGCCUUUGCCUAGAAACCUGAUGCACCGGGUAGGAUUUGUCUUUGCUUUUGCAUCUUUGUAUUUGUAUAUAAUGCGGCGUUUUUACCAGGAUGGGCUAUGUGUUGCAUUUUAGACUGCUGUGUUUUUCUUUCGACCCUCUUAGACAGAGGACUAAUGCUAAGAGCUGUUUUACUAUGUUC